AUGGCAUCCGUGGACCUCGGAAAAUCCCCCAUCGAGGUUCGCCACAUGAUAUGGCUUUCCAGCAUCACCGAUGACGAGCCCGAAGUGUGCCUCCUCUGGCCCGUCGUGCUACACGAGCGUCACGGUCUAGACGCGCUCAAGUUCACCCAGCCAUUGCUCGUCGACACGGGCUUCCCCGUCGCGAUGCACGUGUGCCGCGAGUCGCGCGCCGUGCUUCGAAACGAAAAGCUCAGCGGGCUCCGUUUUCGCCCAUCGUCCGCCGCCGGAUGCCCCGUGCCGUACCGCGAGUUCCAGCCGGCCCUGGACACGCUGUACUGGGGCGGCGAGAACCUGGAUGCCAUGGCGCCCACCAUCAAUGACAUGAUCAUCACGGCCAGAGAGACGCCCGUCUUGGAGCUGGUAGAGUCGCUCGCCAUCGAGCUGCCGUGGGGCAUGCAUCCGCCAGACGCUCUCGGCUACUACCGCCCUCUGUUCUUUCCAGCGCUGCACACCUUGUCGCUCGUGCUGCCCGACUCGACGAGCAGCAUGACGAGCCGCCUUCGCCGGGGCUUCCGCCAGCCGGCACGCCGCUGCAGGCUGCGGCGAAUCUCGGCAGAGGAGGGCGCCAGGAUUAAGGUGUGCGCUGAUGUGCUCAUGGGCAACGAGACGGACGAGUCGGCCGAAGUACCGCUCGUGCCAGAGGGGCUGAGCAUGGCCCUCAGUUGUCUAAAGAUUGAAGAAGAGUUAAUCGGCGAGGUCUUGUGCAUCGAGCUCAACCUUGCCGGUGGCGAUGAUACAGAUACAACCGUCUACGCUAGGGAACCGGAGGUGAUUGCGCAGACAUUUAUCGAGUACCAGAAGGACGGGUCGUGGAAGGAGAUAUGCGCCGAGCGCACGUUUGUCGAGUUUGGUGAGAUGGUGCGCUCUGGUGCAUACGUACCUCUUGCUGAGCGACCGGAUCCGAGAGAGGUGCGCGUGAAUGACAUUGACGGAGCUUUCGACGUCGUUUACGAUGCUGGAGACGCCACGGCCGAUUCCGCCGAUUUCGUAGUGGGCUUUUCUCCGUCGGACUAUUUCCUCGACGGAGGAUAUCGAGCUGAUGGAAGCCCUGGCGGAGGAGGAACUGCCGAAUGA